AUGGGUGGUAGCAUGCGCAGCUCAGGGGCGGUGGAUGAGCUGGGCAAUGCGGGCAUGGGAAUGCAACUUUUUGCGGUCAUAUUCAGCAUCGCGCUCUCAAGGGUUCUAGCCUUAAGAGGCUUUCUAGUGGGUGGAUCAUGGCUUCCUUCAUGCCACAUUUUUAGUCAGGCGGUUGAGUCGAUAGAGAAUUUGAUCCGAGCUGGAGGCGCAGUCUGCAACGUGCCCCACCUGAGUUCAAGUGGCGGCAGGGGGCGCUAGCACGGGGGCUGUGCCAUCAAACGUCCCUACAACGCUACCGAUUAGAAGUCCUACAAGCCAAGAGACUCUCAAGUUGUACGCGCACGUAUGUGCCAGCCUGUAGGAUAAUCUUGAGUCCUACUCUUUUGCCCGUGUAAGCGGGUGAGGCAACAUCAAGAAACAGUUGGACUUUGAAACCAUCGAAGCUUCGCAUUGAACAAACUCGACAUGAACUGAUCAAAUAAAAGAAAGUAUAUCGACAUUAUCAGCUAGCAUUUUGGACAAGAAGAAUACUGCUCUUCCUUUCCGAGUUUGUCUGCUAGAGGCAGCUUGACUCGUGUAGGUAUGCAAGGACGGAUCUUGACUAUCAAGCACGUUGCAUGGCUUUGUCUCGGUAUACGGUCAACUUUUUC